UUUGCAAGAUGGAGUGUUGGCGCCCCGCCUUCUUCCUCUGCUUUUGUCCAGCCUUUUUCAACGAGGCUCCGAUUGGGUCGGUGACGUGCUUGUCCUACCGCGGGUCCAAUCGCAGCAGGCUUGCUUGCCAACGAGCGAACCGGGAACUUGCAACAAGGUCGUAAAGAAGAGAAUGGCUGGUGACUAUGAUUUGUUAAAAAGUCUGCAGAAUAACUUGGAAGAACUGAACCAUCUUCGGGCAAAAUACUUAACAUCAACGAAACGUCCAUCAUCUGUUGGGAUUAAAUCGUUUUUUUGUGAUCAACAGCAACUGCCAGGGGAGAAUAUGAACAUCCAGUCAUUUGCUCCUAGGAAGAGUAUUCGCCAUCGUAAUCCAUAUUGGCCUGAUGAAGAAAUACGGACCUUCAUUGAGAUCUGGGGGGAUGACGAAGUCCAAGCCUCACUGGCCACCAACUUUCGCAAUGAGGCACAGUAUGAAUGGAUCUCUGAUAGGAUGCGAGAGUUUGGCUAUGACCGGGAUAUGAAGCAGUGUCGCUUACGUGCCAAGGAGCUUCGGCGAGGAUACAAGGCAAUUGUUGGUGGAAAUAACUCUUCUGUGAGUGGUCAACGGGCCUUGCCAUUUUAUGAUUCCUUGAACAGUUUCCUGUGCAUGCACAAGGGUCUUGUGGUGUCCAAAGUUUCUCUAUCUAUAGAUAGGAGGAAUCGCGAAGUCCAAAAGUUGGCCUUGGAGCAAGAAAAAAAUGAAAAGCUAAGUGUUGUCUUGGUUUCUGAUGAUGAUGAAGCAUCCAUCCCAGAACCUACAGAUGACUCCAAUUUUCAAGAUGCACAGACGGAUUCCGAACCUGUACAUGCCCAGUCUCCAGGUGAUGAAUGGGAACCACAUGGAGAAGAUGGCCUUCUUGCAGGAGAUGUGGGUUCACCUAGUUUCCCUAAUACAAGAGGAGAUGGUCAUUCCGUCAGUUCAGGCCCAUCCGGCAGUUUUUCCAGGGCAUCCCUGGUUGAUGCUGACAGAAUAAGCAACAACCACUGGAAUAGGAAACAGAGGAGAAAAACUGAAACUACUUCAGACAUAGUAGAUGCCAUUUCCCAAGUGGGUGACAGACUGGUAAACGCUCUGUCUGAUUUGCACUCAAAACACAGCGAAACCUCAGAACUUGCACAGAGUAGAGCAUGUGAUUCCCAUAAAGAGGAAUUUACCAUACUUGCCAAUCAUAUAAAUCAGGCUUCUCAAAACGUGGACAAACUGAUUGCUCUCAUGGAGACGUCUACCAGGAGGAUAGCAGAUGCCAUGGACAGACAGACAGUUGCCUUGGAGAACCUGGCACAAUUGUUUGCUGCAAGAGCACCAGCAAUUUCAGUGCCCUUGGCACCCCAGGAGCAGUCUAUGAUGGUGCCUACUCCCAGAAUUUGUGUAUCAGUCCCAGUAGAAUUAUACAAUACUGUGAACACUUUAACAGGAAAUUGCACUUCUAAUCAGAAAGCACAAGAUUUGCCUGCUGAAGACUGUCAACCAGUGGCAAAGAAAAUAAAAACAGAAGACGACUUAAUAUAAUCUGUUCAGAAAUCCUCAGAUGUUCUGUUCUUCUCUCAUAAGAUGAACAUUUGUCCUUAUUUGCUCAUUUUUUCAAAGGCAAUUGGGUGGGGGAGAAGAAAUCAGGAAUAGAUGGUAUAAAAAAUAUUGUGGCUUCUUUAUUUUUUUUAAUAAAAAGAUUUGUAGCUAGACCAGUAUAUUUGUAGGGGGAUUUAUAUAUAGUUUGGAAGGACGAAUGCUGCUCGUUAGAUGAAAUUGUACGGUUCAUUGCCAUUCCAUUCUGUAGAUUUCUGUUCUGCUGCUUAAGCACGCAAUAAGCUGUUGUCCUGUACACACUUACUUGGACAUAAAAUACUAGGUUUUAUUUCAGAUUGUGAUUGUGGUCAGGAUGUUGGCUUUGGACCUGAAGAACAUAUUCAGUAAGCACAGCCAUGAACAUGUGAUGUUUUUAGUAGAUUAUACUGAGGCACAAUUUUUUGAUCUCUAGAUGGGUAAUACAAAAUUACAUCAUUUAGUCAUUCAAAGAUAAACCAUUUAAAAAAGUUGUAAAUCAUGCACAUUUUCACUGGCAUAGAAGAUAAGAAAGAAUAGAGAACUCUGUGCUAUAGUACUCCUGUUAUUAAAUCAAUAAGAUACCCUACUACUAUUUGGCUAUUUUUUUCUCCCUAAUUUCACUGAAGCCACGUGCCAGAUAAAUCAAUUAGCAGCACAAAAUUUUAUCCCUUUUUUUUUAACAUACACACUUUUCAAUAUUAUUGUGCCGCUUUUGGAAGAUUGCAAGCCAACCCUUCAAAGCCAUGUUCAUGCCUUUUGCACUUAGAAGCUGAAAUGAAGCCAAAUGCAUUGGGAAAGGAAGCAUAGGAAAUUUCUCACUUAAAGCCACUUCACUGUAGUCCCAUGAGUUCUAUGUGAUUGAAACUCUUGUCCUGUGUUAAAGAUGAGAAAACUGUGUCUCAUUAAUUGUUGGACACCAGUUCCUAUCAGCAGCAGCCACAACGUCCCAUGGCAGGGCAUUUGAGGAGCCAGCUUUCUCACCUCUGGACUGAAUUCAGCAUUUGUUUCUAAUAGCAGCAAGCCAGGUAUCUUGGGCAAAUCACUAGGAAUGACAAAUACCUGACUUCUGCGGUGGAUAUAAAAAAUCGAUACACCCGUUAAAAUGCCAGG